AUGAGACGACUGGAGCAGGCAUAUGAAAACAGCCUGCAGGAAGACCUGCCAGACAGAGCAGCAGAACUAAGAGAGAUCGUGCUGAGGUUCCUGAUGGUGCUCAACAUACAAAGGGACCCUGCAGUCAAGUGGGAAGACCCUGGAUAUGAAGACCUGGUGGCAGCUUUUGUUUCCGUGUAUGUGGACCUGAGCCUACUGGUCACAAGAACACAGCUCAGCUCUAAAUCUGAUGGCAAAGUGUCUGAAGUGUCACAGUCCAUCGGAAACUGCAUCCUUGUGUGGCUUGGCCACUCCCCAACUCACAUCCUGGAUGUACUUCUGCAGUCUGAGGCAGAAGGAGAGAGAGACGGGGCGAUCCUCACACCUGUAUACAGGAGAUUUCUGCACACCGCCCCUUCACCUUUGACCCACCAGUCCUACAUCAGAUACAUGUGUGCCGUGUGCAAAGCCAGGGACAUCAUCCCGCAAAACUCACCUGCAUGGAAGUCACUACAGAAGGCGGCCCUGAGUACACCAGCGCCCCCUAGCUUUCUGCAGUGGUUGUGCAGCAGCAGUGAAGAGCUCAUGGACCAGGUGCCAAACACCCCCAAGUGGACCGGCUCACACGUCACCAAGUUUCUACUCAUGGAGGCAAGCCAGGAUUUCAGGGAAAAUCUACUGGAUCCCUGA